AUGGCUUCUUCCAACGAAAUACCAAACCUCAGAACUCUUCUCGGACAAGGCCGUGGAGGAGUCUCGCGAGGAAGAGGAAGAUCACGCGGUGGCGGUGGCGGUGGCGGUGGCGGCGGAUCGGGAGCCUCACAGGCAGGCAACGAACAGCUGCGUGAUGAUGCUGUCAAGGGAACUGAUCAAGAUGCGGCGGGGAGCAGGGUGAGCUGUGUCGAGCUGGGCUAUCUUCACGAUCCCUAUGCGAGGCUCUUUGCUACCCAGCAGACCAUUAGAAGACUACCACUCCUGAACAGAGGCAUGUUUCUCUAUGAAGAUUCCCUUUUCUCACCACUACUUGUGGGCGUUGCUAAUUGCCACACAGGAACCUAUGUUCGCACUUCAGCAAUCGACCUCUUGGUUGCAAGGUUCCUAGAAACCGAUUCUUCCUCCACGAAGCAAAUCAUAUCACUCGGUGCUGGAACAGAUACGCGCUUCUUCCGUCUGCUGGACCAAUAUCCUCAAACUCGUCUUGUGUACCACGAGAUCGACUUUUCGUCCAACACAGUCUCGAAGAUUGCUGCAAUACAGAAGCACCGUCUCUUGAGUGAGAAGCUCGAGCAUGCACCAACUACGGCAGAUGCAUAUUACUCCAAGACGUACAAUAUCCAUCCACUGGACUUGCGGUCCUUGGCAGCUGCUUCAAAGGACACGCCUGCACCACAUCUACCGAACCUGGAUCCCAGUAUACCGACAUUGAUUCUGUCGGAAAUGUGCUUGGUAUACAUGCAGCCAAAAGUCGUGCAGUCAAUAAUACAGUCUCUCCUAACAUACUAUCUACAACCUACAACUCCCGCCUCCUUAAUCCUUUACGAGCCCAUCCUCCCCCAAGACGCCUUCGGCCGGACCAUGAUCUCCAAUCUUCAGACACGCAACAUCCACCUUCCUACCCUGACUUCGUAUCCCGAACUCGGCGACCAGCGUGCGCGCUUACAAAGUUAUGGGUUCAAGGCUGGGACUAGGGCAACAGAUACCAGUUUUAUCUGGCGCAAUUGGGUUGGUGAAGAGGAGAAGGAGCGUGUCGGCAGUCUUGAAUUCCUCGAUGAGCUGGAGGAACUCGAGUUGCUCCUUCGACAUUACUGUGUGGCGUGGGGCUGGAGAGACGGCGAUGGCGAUGUGUUUGCGCAGGCUUGGGGCCAAGUGAGGGAGCAAUAG